UUUGUAAAGAAAUUUAUGUCAAAGCUGUAAAUAAAGCAUUAAAUAUUUGGAUUUAUAUAAUUUGUUGCUAUUAUUAUUAAAAUUAAUGGAAUUUAAAGUUCAGAUUUUCCCAGAAAAAAAGAUGGAGUCAGAGUUUUAAUGGUGUCUGAAAAACUAAGUAAUUUCGAAAUUAAAUUAUCCACAUUCCAAAUGAAUUAAGGCAAGAUGAGAUUAUUGGGUUUUUAUUCCUUUUUUAUAUAUGUUAUUGUGUUUGUUGGCCGGAACAAAUAACAUGCAAUUCAGCAAGGGGGAAUCAAAUUAAUGUAUCAACAUGAUCAUGGAUGGCAUUAAUUUCAUAGCCUUAUUAAACUAAAGUUGCCUCACAGCCCAGUUUUGCUUUGCUCUAUUGAUCUACCUCUGGGUGCUAGUUUCAUCUAUUUUUUAGCCAAGAAGGAUCAAAAUUGAUUUUUUUUUAUACACCGUAUAAUGUAUCACAGAUGAACACAGAUGUAUGCACUAGUAAUGAUUUUUUUUUGGUCUCAGGAUUAAUGUCUUUUGUGUUCAUUUUUGCCUUCCUUUGUUUUGUUGACUGGUCUAUCAUGUGCCUAUUUAAAUUUAAAAUGGAUAUGACAGUUGUUUGUGAGAUAAAGAAUUUUUUUUAUACCACAUUUCAAAUUAUCUGUGAGAUAAACUUUGUAAUGGAUCAUCAUGUAAUACUAUCUACCAUCUGUAAUUAAGUACCAAAAACAAAAAUUAAAAAAAAAAAAAUAGAAAAGAAGUUUAAAACUGAAAUUGAAAAGAAAUGGAGAUAGGUCUUUAAAACUGAAGUUGAGAAUUUUGGGUUUCUACUAAUAUCAUUUUUGUCCUUACAAAGUAAAGCAAGGGAAAUUGCCUAUGGUUAAGAAAUGCAGAUCCCAAACAAAAUAAUGUACUCAGUAUGUGAGUAUGUAGAAACAUGCUGUUUUCAUUUGAGCCCAGGAAGUCAUUCAACUUUUUCUGAUGUGACUCCUCCAAGCCACAGAGUUUCAGGAUGUGUGAACAUAAUAUAGUCUUUCCUGUAAAUCAUUGGAAAAUUGCCUUGACUUAUUUAUACACAUACUAAUACACAAGCAAACCCCAUUCCCCCUUAACACCCUUCCCCCCAAAAAAAACCAAAACAAAACAAAUAACCCCCCAAAACCCACCCACACUUUGAUGUUGAGCAUUGGCUGAUAGUUUUUUUUUUGCUUUUUUAAUCGUAAGGUGUUUUCUCUCACUAAGGUUAACAUUUUGUAAACAGGUUGUCUGAUGAAAGAGUUUCCCCUCAAGGGAGCCUCCCAUGAAAACUGAUUAUUCAACUCGGAGGGGUAAAUGACCAGAGAUAGUUUUUAGCUCUCUAGUCAUUUACUGUAAAACUUGAUGUUAAACAGCUGAAAUUGAUGAAUAGACUAUGUUGUGCAAGCAUACAAUAGACAAAACACACCUCCCAACGAAACUUACAGCAUGAAAUUAACACAUUCAUCAGGCAAAGUAUAAAGUUUUUGAAAUAAAAAAAAAGAAGACCACAAGUCAACGAAGAAAAAAAAAAGAAAAGAGAAAAGAAUAUAUAUUGAUACUAAUUGGUUAGUGUAUCCUUGCUUCUGGAAGGGGCUAUUGAUUUUUUUGCAGCAGUAGGUAUUGGUAAUGAUUGCGCAUGGACCUGUAGAGCAGUUUUUUUUUUGUCGCAGCCUGUGGAGAGCCAGAAUUUUUUUUUUUAUCUAUUGUGUGGUAUGGACUUGUAAUGGACACAAUAUCCUGUGAGGGCCAGAAGAGAAGUCAUUGAUAGACCGCCAUGGAUGAGGAUGGUGCAGACAAGCAAAACGGAAUUCGCCUCCCUGCCACAACAGGACCCCGCCCUUAUAAAUGUGAAGUUUGUCAGCGAUCGUUUAGGGAGGUAGCCACCCUGAGAAAACAUGAACAGCUGCACAGAGCCGAUCGUCCAUAUGUCUGCCAGACCUGUGGAAAGUCUUUCCUGUGGUCAUCAAAUCUCAAAGUUCACGAGAGGGUCCACACGGGGGAAAGACCCUACAAGUGUAAAAUCUGCCACAGGUGUUUUACUCAGUCCAAUGAUCUAAGACGACAUGAAAGAAAUGUCCACAUGCGGGGGAAGCUGGUCAACUAUAGGAACCCGGUCGCUCCUACGAGUCGUAACACGAGUCAGAUGAACCUGGCCACAUACCAGGCCUUUGCCAUGCAGCAGAGGGCGCUUCUACACCAUGCACUGACCUACGAAAGUCUGAUGCAGAGUGCAGUAGUCACACAAGCUAGGCUGCAGGCGGGUGGUUCCACUGCAUCUAUGCCCACAAUGAGCGCCCCCUCUGACAUCAGUGUGUCUACCUCCACUGAUUCACGGCACCGCCGCCCCACAGGCUCACCCGACUCCAUCAAACUGGAGCAGGUGACCCCACCUACCUCACCCAGCAGACAGGAGCGUUCUCUCUCCAACCCAGGCCUGCACAACUCCAUGGGGGCCAGCGACCAGCUCUACAUGGCCCCCAGAUCUAACAGCACCUCUGCUAUCGGUACGGGUUUACUUCACUCGCCUCCAUCACUGCCCACUUCAUCCUACCAGGGAUACACAGCCGGCAGUAACUCUAUCAAUGGAAGUCCACCAGUGCUCACCCAAGUCACAGCUGCCAUGUCAACAAAUAUGUCAGGAUUCAAGUUGUUAAAUGAAUCUGCCUCCACCUCAAGUCUACCUCACUCUGCCCUGAGACGACUACCUCCAAUAUCAUCUAUUUAUAGUAACCACCCAAAUACCUCAUCAGCUGACAACAAAGUCAUUGACCUCAGCAUGAAGUCUGCCAGCAGUGGAGAGUCCGAGGACGGAGACUGGAAGUCCAGAAUCAUCGCCGAACACCUGAAGCGGGAGGAGGCUUCCAACAAUGCCUCCAAGAGUCCUCCGAUCUCGGAGACAGAAAGUGAGGAAAAGCGUGACGUGACAACCACCUCCAUUACGCCCAUUGGCGACUCUGGAAUCCACCACUGCCCGCACUGCAACAUCUUCUUUCACGACUUCACCAUGUACCACCUUCACAAGAGUCUGCACUCGCCUGUGGACGACGAUCCCUUCCGAUGUCCCUCGUGUCAGAAGCACUGCCAGGACCGGAUCGAGUUUAUGUUCCACAUUGUCUGGCAUGUCAAGUAUCCACACACCAUCCCUAACUAUGAACCUUUUAGGGAGGAGUACCAGGCCUAAACUGGUGCCCAAGCAGAUAAUGAAGUCAGCAUAAUGAUGAACCUCAACAGAAGUGCAAUACAUCAUCCUCAUCACACAGUGACCCUCCUAGAUGGUCGCUAGAUAGCCUUUAUUGAAGUUCGAAGUUGACAUUUUCUGAAGUUCCUCCAAGUUCAAGCUUUCAAGCGGUGGAUAAAGUCCAGUUUAGUUUGAAGCAAUUUCUCUGUUAUCUUGUAUGUGUAUUACAAACAGAUCUCAACUAGUACCUAAUGGAUUGGUGUGUGUGCAUCUUGGAAACCCAGCACAAGGAAUUUUUCUCUCCAUGUGCAUUGCCCUGUUCUCGUAAUCUGGACUUGUCAAAACUUCUGUUCUAGUAUGUAUCUCAAGACAUCUAUUAAUCUUUUCAUACUUGUAAAUGUAUACGGUUUUGAAGAAUGAAUAUUUUUUCUUGUUUUUAGUUUAUAUAUUUUUGUCAACAUAUUUUAGCAGAAAAUGAUAUUUUAAAUGACAUAACUACACUCAAGGUUAGAAAAUGAGACAGAGUGUUUAUUUUGAUGUAUUUGAUAAAUCCACAGUUUUUAUUAUCAGGAAAAAUUGGAAUAAUGUAAAUUUGAAUCAAAAGGCAAUGGUUUAUUGAUAUCAUAAUGUGUUAAAAAAAUUAGAAAUUUUAGAGACUUUGUCUAAAAAGUUGUUAAAUAUUUUACCAUUUUUUAAUGGUAAAAAAAUAUGUUAUAAGGAUGCUUCUUUGCUAUUUUUGUUUUGUUUAUACUUACAUGCGUUAUGUUAGUGCUAAAUCAUCUUUUAUUUUUUUUUUAACAUUUAGUGCUUUGUAAGAUCAUAUUUAUCAUUAUUAUUAGGGGGUGAUUCACACUGCUCUUUAAGGCACACCAAUGUGUCACAUAUCCAUGGUAAUGGUAGGUAUCCACCUCUUCUAUCUCCUUAGUCAGAAGAGUUGACAAGGGGAGACAACAAAACCUCAUGUUAUACUGUUAUGUGCCAGUUGAAUAUUCUGUCUUAUUUUAUAGGAAAAACCUAUAAAUACGGGUAAUAUUUUGUGUCUUGAGCUCAUUGAAAGCACAUUAUCAAACUUUUGUGUGUGUGUUUUUUAUGUAAAAGAUUCCUACCUGAAAACCAUUUCAUCCUCUUCUCAUGUUUAUUAUUAUAGUCUAUGUGAUAUACAUCGUCUCUGUAUUCAUGUUUACUGGAAAAUGAAAUUUGUGCCAUAUGGUGUUUUUAUUAGCCAGGAGAAAUCUCCUGAAGGAUCUUUUAUAUUGUUGUUUAGGGAGGUUUUUUUUAUGUUAUCUGAGAACAAACCUAUAUGUGUGUGUUGAUAUUUUGCUUGUAUAUGUUUUUGUUCAUAUUUUUGAUAUGUUCUCUUAUUCAGUAAGAGGUUGUUUGAUUAAGGGGGUUAAGUAUAUCACGUUCAUUUUGAUAAAUUAAUUAUUUAAAUGGGCAGCCUUUUGGUGCAAGAUCAAUUUUUUUUUUUGGUACUGCCCAUAUUGCUAAGUAUAACACUAUUCAGGGUGUGGUUUCAGAAUUUAGGCCCCCUGCCCCCCUUUUAAACAAAAUCAAAUGUGUUCACUAUAUAAAUAUAUUUGGAAGGAAUUUUUUUUGCUCAGCAGUGCAAAUAGCAAAUACAAAUUAUUCAAACUGCUUCUGAAUGCAAUUACUCCCCCGGUGAAGUCAAAUCAAUAAGCCAUGGUUUCAUUGUAGAAUUUUUUAUAAUGUAUGUGUAGCCUCAUUCCAAUAAUAUCACUGCAUCAAAACAAGGCAAUUUAUCUGAGAAAAGUGGGAGUUAUUGAUAAAAUACAUCACAGGAUAUAAAGUUCAUGGGAUUUAAUGAAUUCUUUGAUGUCUUAAUUAAAGUGGACAGAAUGUUAAUGCUAAGUGUUGUAUGUAACUUAAUUUUGGGGGUGAAAUUUACCAUAAUGAAUUGCUUAUUGAAUCUAAAAGAAACUCAUAAGGGCAGUUGGCCCUCCAUCCGGUGAAAACAAUACAUCUGCUGAGUCUAGACGAUUACAUUUCAUUCCAGGGCGAAGAAUUCUUUGUCAUUGCCAUACUAAAAAAACCUCCGGUGUUUACGAUGUCUCUUUAAUGGUGUUCAAAUCAAAUAAACUAUUUUUUCUUUAUAUUAUCUAGUUAGAAAACAUGUUGGAAAUACAAGUCUUAUUGGUCUGAAAUCAAAAUAGAACAGCAUAAGUCAAAAUAAUAGUAGGAUGAUAUUGAAAGUUUUUUUUAGAAUUUUACAGUGCUUUAUUGGAGUUUUUAUUCUACAAUUUAUAUCCGAUUUGAAGGGGUUUUCAUUGACAUUUUUUGUAUUUGGUCAUGUUGCUGUCAUGUUUUUUUUGCUGUUAGAUUUUAUCCGAAAGCAGGAUAAAACUGUCGGUCCGGUGUGAAGUGACUCUUUGUUGUUUAAUGUUGUGUUAGAGGUUGGGCGUGUCAGAAUUUCAUGUUUAGGGUUUCAGAUUACAGAAAAGAGACACUUGUUUGACAAGCAUUUCAGUGCUCAUGCUAAUGAUAAGUUACAGCAGAAUACUGAUGAUUAGUUAAAUCACAAUACUGAUUAAUAGUUUACAGCGCAGGAUAGCUCCUUUCUCUCUUUCUUUGUAUUUCUUGUAUAUCAUCUUUUUCUCUUUCUUUUGUUGAACUGGUGAUUGAUUUACAAAACCAAAAAUUUGCAUAAUUUUGAAUCAAGACUGAAUAUUAUCAAAUUUUGCCAGAUUGUAAAUUGUUUUCCAGUUGAACAGUCUUAGAAUAGCUUAUAUACUCUCAGAAUAAAAAAAUUGAAAUUUUUUUCAUUUUUAAAAGUUCAAAAUUUAUUGAUAAGACCAGUAGUGUUGAAUACCUCUUAAAUAUUCUUUAUUUAUUUUCUAAUCUCAGGAUUGCUUUAACAUACAUAUGCAUAUAGUAUUUUAUUUUUUCAUGUAUCCAUGACUUUGAACUUUGACAUUUCACCUUUCUCACUAUGAUACAUCUUGAACUCAGGAGAAUGUCGUCAGAUGGGUAGCAGACGGCAAAUGAAUUAUGAUCUACCUCAUUUUAUGGAGUAAUUCUGUAUAUGUAUAUUAUACUUGUAGCUUUUGGUAAUAAUCUGUGUGUCACUGUUUCUUGGGUAUUUCGACUUCUGUGCUUGAAUUUUGUAAUUGUUCCUUUGGUUUCGAAUUCUUGGCAAAAAGUUUAAAAGAAAGGAAUCUUAAAGAAGAAAAAUAUUUGGAUUUUAGGUUUUUAAGACUGUCAAUGAUAGGAAUAAGUUAAUAUAGACUGCUGAAGAAUUAUACCUUAUUAACGAGAGUGAGAGUUUGCAUGAGAAUGAAGGAUUUGAACUGAAGGGUAUAACCUGUUACGAUUGUUUUCAUCUUAAGGUUGUUAGUGUUGCCAAGUCUAACUUGUCUUUUUAAGCUUUGUAUGAUAUCUGGGUGUCCAAGGCCUUUUUUUUUUAGUCUAAAUCAAUAUUGUUUGCUGUACAUAGUAACCCUGUCAAUUCAUAUAGCUUUUCCUGUAUAUUUUGUAUAGUUACUUAACAAAUGUCAGAUCCAAUGUAAAAAGUAAUAUUUAUCUACAUAUAUAUAUUAUACACAUAGAUUGCAUUGUACUAGCUCAUGUUUAGAAGAUGUUUCAGUCAUAAAAGAGUGCAUUGCUGACUCUUGAGCAUAAAUUUAAUGACUGAUAUACAAAACCGAAUAUUUUUGACCAAUAUUACGUAUAACUUUUUUUUUGUUUUGGUACAAUUGUUAGUGUUCCACUAUAUUUCAGCUCAUUGAAUUUUGUUAUUUAAAAGAAGAGUUUUAUGAGAUUUUUUUUUGAAAAAUUCUAUAUGAAAUACCUCAAGAAUAUAGGAUCUAAAUCCAGAGAAUAUAUGAUAUAGAAGUCCAAUUACGUGUAUUUUAAAAAGAUUCAAAACCAGUAUUUAUACAUCAGUAAAAAUCCAUGGAGAAUUCUACCUCAGAAAGUCUUAGUUUGACUGCCAUAAAGUCCACAUACAUUGUUCGAUUAAUACCUCAGUUCUUGUAUCAAAAAUUACCAUCUGUUGAACAAGAAUUUAUCACAGUUAAAUUAUGCUGAUAUUUUUUUUUUAUGAAAUGGAAUUAUGUUUAUGAAUUCAUGUAACUACCUCAGAAAAAAGUGUGUUUUUUCUGCCUCGAUUCCCAGCUAGAUAUGUGUAUUUUAUAUAUUUUUUUUGGUCCAUUUCGAUACAAUAUCUGAAGUCAGUGUUGGACUACCAUAGAGCUGAUGUAAACAAUAUGUCCCUUAUGAUUUCAUUUAAUAAGCUUGUAUUUUUCAUGAAUAUAUAUUUUAACCUUUGUAAAUAAGGCAUUGCAAUUGAUUGUAGAUGUAAUUAUAAAGAUUUUCUUUUAAAAAUAAAAGUGCUAAUGUCAUGAAAAUUCCUUAGAUAAAAGUGCUAUCAUGUCAGAAAAAUUCUUACAAAGAAAUGAAAAAAAGAAAGAUCUCUCAUUUUUCUUUUUUAUGUGAAAAAUGGAAAUUGUUAGCGAAAUUUGAUGUUAUUGAAUAUCGGAAUAAAAGAAAAAGGAAAAACAUUGCAAUGCCUUGACAGUGCCAGAAGUCAAGAACAACAACUCCUGUUUUGUGACCCGGUGAACUUUGAUCUGCUGGUACAAUCACUAAUGCAACAUGUUACCUACAUGUCAUGGCCAUCUCUCACCUCUUCCUGUUGGUUUAUGAUAUUUAAGAGAUAAAUGAAAAUGAAAGAAAAACCACCUGUUUGAUAUAUACAUAUUUCCUGCAUACUUUUUGUACUAUUGUAUCAAAUCUUUACAAAAUCAAAUGUUAUAAGUUUAAAAAAUCAAAAUUGAUUAAAUUUUUUCUUUUCAAGUCAAGUCAUAUUUUAUAUCUAUUUAUAGAAGAAGUAAUCAAAAUUGUCAAUCAAAGAUUUUUUGACCAUUUAGUAAUUAAUUAAUAAGCUCUUGAAGCCCAUUGUUGAAAAUGGUUGGUAAAUGCACUGCAGUAUUGUGUGAAUUGCUGAAUGUUCAUGUCUGUAGAAAUGCUGUGCAUGCCAGUGAGAGGACAUUAACAUGUUGCAUUAAGGAUUAUGUGUUUAUUGAUGUCAUUGUAAAUCACAGCUAUGUCAUAUAUUUCCUCUAGAAAUAAAAAAAAAUAUUAACAGCAA